UCUAAUAAUUUAAUUAACAAAAAGAAAUAAAGAACGUGAUUUAAAAAAGUAUCUUUUGUUGUUUAAAUCUAUUAACCUAUAGUUGAUUGGUAUCAUGUCAGUGUGGCAGUAACCUUCCACUGGUGUCAAAAUAUACCCAAAUCAGUGGACAAAUUGAGGAGUAAAUUUUUCGUAUACUAUUGGAUUAAACAUCAUGCACUUUUCAUUUGGAUUAAAAAUGGGGAUUGCUGUUACGGCAAUCAUCAUCAUCACCAUCAUCAACAAAAUCAACACCUGUGCUGGAUAUGAUGUAUUCUUUCCCCUAUCAUCAGUUCGUCUGACAAUACCUACCAAUGAGAAGGCUCUCAGCAUAUUCACAAAAAUUCCAUUUGGAAAAUUUCAAGUGGUUUCGUUAGCGAACAAUAGCCCUGCCGAUUCCGCCACAAACUAUACUUACAGCUUGGAGAAGAGUGACGAGGGAGAUGAGUGUUUACAAAUAAACAAAUGUACUGGCGAAGUACUCCUAACUGAAACGUUUCAAAACACAAAGCACAACUCGCGUUAUAUUGUAUCCGCAAUGACAACGCAAACCAAGCCAUCAUUUAAAAUGCCACAUAUGUCUGUCGAAAUUGUGCCAACGAACUCGACCGACUUUUGUGGACAAUUGGAAAAUCUGUGCUACUGGAGUGGAGCACAUUACACUGUGAAGGAGGAUAGACCUGAUGUCAGCUUUCGUCCAGUUCGUAUUGGUAGUUUGCGACCCAAUGGAUUCAACUAUUUGUGUUCGGAAAUUGAUGUAUCCUACAAGUUAAUGGCAUCUGAAUUUUUAACGGUGAAAGAAGGGAUAUUGUAUACAAAAAAGCCAAUUGACCACGAAUCCCUAAAUGUUUCAACUAAUGGAGUGUUUGCAGAUGUUAAGUGUAUCGCUGAAAAAUCACCUAAUGGAGAACCAAUGGAACUGAUUAAACGAAUUAAUGUUACAGUGUUGGAUAGAAACGAUAAUGGUCCAAAAAUUCAAAAUAGUAAGGACCUGCACUUUCAACUAGAAGACCCGCAUUUUCAAAUGGAUGACCCAAUCGGAGAGAAAAUUUAUUUCUUGGAUGCCGACACGCUUGAGACGAAUUCUCACAUAACUUACGAAGUUCACAACGAUAAAUUCAACUUAAUUCGUCCCAGUUGCAAUGCCUACGAAUCCGAUCAUAACGAGAAGCGAAGUUCAAUUAUUAGCUGUCAGUUAGUGUUUGCUCGGAACGGCUUACUCAACGUCACUCCUUACUGUUUUGCUUUGGAAGCAAGUGAUCUCACUAUUGACAGUAUCAAUCUACACGCGGCAAGAACAAAUAUUUGUAUUUAUACAGAUUUAAGUAAAAUCCAUGAAAUGAACCGUCCAACUGCAGAAGCCUUGCGUUCGUCACGACAACAUCGUAAGUCUUCAACAAUUGUUAACUCUGAGGAAUCACUUGUUGGGCUCGAAUUUGGGCGCGAAGCUCUAAGCAUUCUUCCAAUUACUUUUGCUAAAGAUGUUUAUGUGUAUAGAAAGGCCAUGGAGUGGAAUCGAGUUAUACAACCAGCAAACAUGGUGGAUCUGAUAAAUAUGACUAAACUCAAAUUUCGUAUUGAAGAGGAUCGUAGUGGAGCUUUUGGAAUCACUGAAAGAGCUGGUAUUUUGUUUGUUCGAAAUACAACAGCUUUAUUAAGUGCCGUAGAAACUGUAUACUUUGUCACUGUAAAUUGGACUGAUACUUAUAAUAGAACUUUUAUAAUAAAUAUUCAUCUUCGUGAUGGCCAUCCUACCAACACUUCUUGCGAACACAAAGAAAAAUCUCGCACUCAGACAUGUGCCCAGAUAAAAUCAGAAAAACAAUGUACCAAAUUCUGUGGUCUAGCGACGGACGGUGGACCAUGUCACUGGCGAGGUGUGAACAAUGGAUUUUCUCGAAACUAUGCAUCAUGUGUUCCAAAUAGCAUGUACUGCCCAGAUAAUAUUUGCGAUCCACUUGAAAGUCUCAAUAUAUUUGCGUGUCCACAAGAUUGUGCCGCUUCCAAUAAAAUUAUGGGACCUCACACGACAAACGAUAAUAGACGAGGAAUAUUAUCCGCUUCAGGAACAUGCAUAUGCGAAGACAACGGCAAAUGCUCAUGUGCUCCAUUAGACGACGAUGAUAUAGAUCGACCAAGAAAAGGUCGUAAAAAGAACCAAUCUAAGGAAUCUGCCAAAUUUAGUUCUAUGAAUGCGUCAACAAUUGAGCCAUCUACAGUGAUGAAUUCACCGGAACUAGUCUGUGGAACUUCCUGCCUUAUCUUGGCUAUAACAUGUCCAACUGUGUUGAUAUUAAUCAUAACCUGCCUAUUCUUUUCAAGGCGAAAAUAUGUUCAAAAGGCCAAAGGAAAAUCUUUAAGUCCAAGAGAUAUUCGAAAAGGUGAUUGUGAUGCCCGAAACGGCGAUCUUCCAUUGAUGCUAAUGGAAAAUAGUUUUAAAUUCGAUUCCGAUACUAAAUGGGAAAUAGCACGGGACCAAUUAAUAUUGGAUACAACACUUGGCGAGGGUGAAUUUGGAAAAGUUUUUAAAGGCUACGCCACUGACAUUCCCAAACAUCCUGGAGUUACGACAGUGGCAGUUAAAAUGCUUAAAAAUGGUGCAAAUUCGGUGGAAUACAUGGCUUUGCUUUCUGAAUUUCAAUUACUUCAAGAGGUUUCUCAUCCAAAUGUUAUAAAACUUCUUGGAGCUUGCACUAAAGGUGAUGCACCAAUGAUCAUAAUUGAGUAUGCUAAAUAUGGAUCGCUAAGAGGAUAUUUGCGCCUCAGUCGAAAAAUUGAAUGUGCUGGGGUGGACUUUACCGAUGGAGUUGAACCAGUAACUGUUCGUGAUAUCCUAUCGUUUGCAUGGCAAAUAUGUAAAGGCAUGGCUUAUUUGACAGAAAUAAAGUUAGUUCAUCGAGAUUUGGCGGCUCGGAAUAUUCUUCUAGCUGAGCGUAAAGUUUGCAAGAUUUCCGAUUUUGGACUGACAAGAGAUGUAUACGAAGAUGAUGCUUAUCUAAAGAGAAGUCGAGACAGAGUUCCCGUAAAGUGGAUGGCACCUGAAUCGUUAGCUGAUCAUGUUUAUACAACGAAAUCUGAUGUUUGGGCGUUUGGUGUCUUAUGCUGGGAACUGAUUACUUUAGGUGCUUCACCAUAUCCCGGAAUUCCUCCACAAAACCUCUACCACUUACUGAAAACUGGAUAUCGAAUGGAACGUCCUGAAAAUUGCUCCGAAGAAAUCUAUUCCAUAAUGCGGUCUUGUUGGACAGAUGAUCCAAAUGCCCGACCAUCCUUUAAAUACAUAGCAUCAGAAUUUGAGAAGCUUCUAGGAAACAAUGCCAAAUACAUCGAAAUAGAGUCGAAUGCAGUUUCAAAUCCAUUGUAUUGUGGUGAAGAUACAGAAAACAAGCCAAAUGACGAAUUUAAACUAACUAAUGAUUUAGGAGAGCCAGAUUGUCUUGACCAUUUGUGGCACUCGCCCAAGAUAAGUUAUGAUACAAACGAUAACUGCAAUAGCAAAGAGUCUGGAGUUUCUAUUAAUCCUGAAUUCCUUCCACCACCAGGAUAUGAUAUGCCGCGUCCUUUAAUCGAAGCCAAUAUAACUGAACAGAUUCUUCGAUAUGAAAAUGAUUUGCGAUUUCCAUUGAACGUUCGCAAGUCCAUACGUGGGAGUACGCCAAUAAUUGAUGCUAGCCAUUAUGCAGUCCCUGUUAAACGAGGACGUUCAUACAUCGAUAUGACCAAUAAAACUUUAAUUCCUGACAAUCUUAAUAACAACGAUGUGGAAAAGAAUAUUUCUAAGAAUAUAUCUUUUAGGUUUUCAAGUUUAUUAAAUCUUAAUGAACAGGAUAAUAUUGUGUAGGUAGGUAUUUAAAUGCAAGAGAGGAAGUUUAGCCAAAGAUAGAAGUAAUUAUAUUUAUAAUACUCAAUGUUUUUAUUGUCAGCUUUCCGUCUACCAGAUAAGAUACAAAAAUAAGUAAUUAAACGAAGUCAAUAUUAAAAUGUUUGCUUACACAAUAUAAUAAAUUAAUAGCGGAACAAACAAUAUUUUGUUUAUAUUAUUUGUUAAAUAUUCAUUACAAUUUUUUUGUGUUCUCUCAAUAGCGGUGUUUCCGUGAGACUUCCAAGUCCAGUCAUUAAGAAUUUAACAGAGUCAGUGCACUUACUAAGAAUAAGUCAUCUUUUUUUCAGUUAGUCAUCUUUUUUUUCAGUAAAAUUUUCGUGAAAAAAAAUUGCUCUACUUUGCUUUUGCUUAGUCAUCACGAAAACACAGCUAAUGUUAAGUUUGGAAUUCUUUUUAUGCUUAAGUUAAGGUUAUCCCUGUGUAUAUAUAAAUAAUGUCUUAAUUUUUGUAAUUUUCAUGAUGAAAUGUAAAUUAAAUUUAGUUUGUAAGAUGGUAUAAGAAAGCAAACAAUAAUGUUCCAAGUAUUUAACAUUUUGUACUCCUAUUUAUAAGAAAAA